AUGAACAUUCCGCAGCCGGUUGCUAUAUCAGGCAGUCCUGUUUUACCAUAUUGUCUUGUAGGAGACGAGGCUUUUCCUUUGAAGCUAUACUUGCUUCGUCCAUACCCAGGUAGAGGCCUGACACCGGAAAAGGAAGUAUUUAAUUAUCGUUUAAGUCGAGUAAGACGAUUAAUCGAAAAUACCUUCGGUAUACUCGUCAGUCAGUGGCGAAUAUAUAGAAAGCCAAUUAUCGCCAAUCCUGAAACUGUUGUGCAAAUAGUUAAGGCAACCGUGUGCUUGCACAAUUGGCUUCGAAAAAACGACAUUGGUAUUAACGAAUAUGUACCUAUCGGCAUAGUCGACGACAAUCCAGACAUUCCAA